CUUGGUAUGUGCCAUGUCUAGCUUCACUUGAGACCCUCCAAGAAUUAUGUAGGAAGGAAAAUCUCAGAUGUAAAUCCAUUGGAAUCACCAACAGGAAUCUAAAGAGUUAUGAGGUGGAAUAUUUGUGUGACUACAAGGUAGAAGAGGGCACAGAAUACUAUCUCGUGAAAUGGAAAGGAUGGCCAGAAUCUUCAAAUACUUGGGAACCUCAGAAAAAUCUGAAAUGCCCAUUGCUUCUUCAAAACUUCCGUAGCGACAAGAAUGAAUACUUGUCUCGGGUGAGAGAAGGCAAAGCACUGAAAGUGAGAAACCAUGUUAAAGCUUUGAAACCUGCGGUUGCAGAUUACAUUGUAAAAAAGGCUAAGCAAAGGAUAGCUCUGCAGAGAUGGAAAGAAGAACUCAACAGGAAAAAGAAUCAUAAAGCAAUGAUUCUGGUAGAAAACACUGUGGACCUUGAAGGCCCUCCUUUAGACUUCUACUACAUUAAUGAGUAUAAACCUGCUCCGGGAAUAAAUGUAAUAAAUGGAAUAACAACUGGCUGUGAAUGCACUGACUGCCCCGCUGAGAAGUGCUGUCCAAAGGAGGCUGGGUUUAUUUUGGCUUACAAUAAACGAAAGAAGUUGAAAAUCCAGCCCGGCUUGCCCAUCUAUGAAUGCAAUUCGUUUUGUAGGUGCGGGCCUGACUGCCCUAAUAGGAUAGUACAAAAAGGUACACCGUAUUCUCUUUGCAUCUUCAGAACUAACAAUGGCCGUGGUUGGGGAGUAAAAACCCUCCAGAAAAUUAAAACCAACAGUUUUGUGAUGGAGUAUGUUGGAGAGGUGAUUACAAGUGAGGAAGCAGAGAGACGAGGCCAGCUCUAUGACAACCAGGGAAAUACAUACUUGUUUGAUUUGGACUAUGACUCAGAUGAAUUUACAGUAGAUGCAGCUCGAUAUGGAAAUGUGUCCCAUUUUGUGAAUCACAGUUGUGAUCCAAAUCUUCAAGUCUUCAAUGUGUUUAUUGAUAACCUCGACUUGCGUCUUCCUCGAAUAGCGCUGUUUUCUACACGAACCAUCAAGGCUGGAGAAGAGCUAACCUUUGACUAUCAGAUGAAAGGUUCAAUAGAUCUGACUUCAGACUCUGCUGAUGGUCUUAGCCCAUCCAGAAAGAGGAUCAGAACUGUCUGUAAAUGCGGAGCUGUGUGUUGCAGAGGUUAUCUCAACUGAGCUCGGGUAUCCAAAGUCACAAAUACUUUGUUCUAUUUUAUAUGUGUUUUAAGAAGACUCUUCUUUCACACGUGUAUUCCAGUAUUCUUACAUCUACUGUAAAUAAGUACAAUGAAAACAAG